AUGUCCUCCGGUGUCAAAGUCUCUCAAGAGUGCCUGGAUAAGUUCCAGGAGCUUAAGCUCGGCAAGAAGAUCAAGUACAUCAUCUACAGCCUCAACGACAAAAACACCGAGAUUGUUGUUCAGAACACGUCGACGUCAACCUCGUACGACGACUUCCUGGCGGAGCUUCCUCCGACCGAAUGCCGAUACGCGAUCUACGACUUUGAGUACGAAAAGGGCGAUGCGGGCAAGCGCAACAAGAUCUGCUUUUUCUCGUGGUCGCCCGACGAUGCAAAGAUCAAGCCCAAGAUGGUGUUUGCUUCGUCCAAGGAUGCUCUCAGAAAGGCACUCGUCGGCAUCUCCACCGAGAUCCAGGGCACUGACUUUUCCGAAGUGAGCUACGACACCGUUCUCGACAAGGUCAGCCGAUCCACUUUCUAG